GAUGAAAAUAAAACCAAAGAUGAACCGCAGAAAGCAGAGGCCAAUAAGGAAGCAGAACCCGUACCAAAGCAACAAGAUACAGAACUGCCAAAAGCAUCUGAGCCUCCAGAAACUGAAAAAUCAGCUGAACCAGCUAAGACAGCUCAACAGGAACAGCAUCAGCCUAACAAUGGGAAAGAAGAUACUAACACACAGAAGCCAGCACCUUCAGAUUUCCAAACUAACGAGUAUGCUGCAGCCCAGCUUCAAGAAAUUGUCAAAAAACUGCGGGAAAGGGCAGAAGUCUAUAAAGAAAAGCUGAAAGAUCCAGUGCUGUCCUCCCCUGAAGGCAGUCCCACAUCUUCACCAUCAAAGAAGAAGCCUCCACCCCCACCAAAAGAAGAGAAAAAAGAAGAAAAGAAAGAGGAUGCAGAAGCAAAGCCAGAGGAGGAUCAUUACUGCAAUAUGCUGUGCUGUAAAUUCAAAAAACCUCCACUGAAGAAAUAUCUGGAGUACCUGAAGAUACCAGACAGCAUAGACUCAUACACAGAUCACCGUUACGUGGCAUGGCUCAUGCUCGUGACAAUCGCCUAUAACUGGAAUUGCUGGUUUAUUCCCCUCCGCUUUGUGUUCCCGUAUCAAACCCCAAGUAAUACAAUAUAUUGGAUCAUCAUAGACAUAAUUUGUGAUAUCUGCUACCUGUGUGACUUGCUGAUUUUCCAGCCCCGAGUGCAAUUUAUAAGAGGUGGAGAUAUAAUAUCGGACAAAGUAGAAAUGAAGAAAUUCUACUACAGUACAGUGAAGUUUCGGCUCGAUGUGGUAUCGGUAUUGCCGUUUGAUGUUUUAUAUUUCUUCUUUGGAUGUAACCCAGCAUUUAGAGCAAAUAAGAUGCUAAAGCAUAAUACAUUCUUUGAGUUUAAUGAUCGCUUGGAAGCUGUUCUGGACAAAGCGUACAUCUACAGGGUCAUUCGAACAACUGGAUACUUGCUGUUUAUCUUGCACAUUAAUGCAUGCCUGUAUUAUUGGGCUUCCGACUUUGAGGGACUUGGCAGCACCAGAUGGGUGUACAAUGGCCAAGGAAACAUGUAUCUGAGGUGUUACUACUGGGCAGUUCGUACUUUAAUCACCAUCGGUGGCCUUCCAGAACCACAAACUCUGUUCGAGAUAAUUUUUCAACUGCUGAAUUUUUUCUUGGGUGUCUUUGUCUUCUCCAGCUUAAUUGGUCAGAUGAGAGAUGUAAUUGGAGCAGCUACAGCAGGACAGAACUACUACCGAUCCUGUAUGGACAACACUGUCUCCUAUAUGAACACAUACUCUAUUCCAAAAGUGGUCCAAAAUCGUGUUCGAACCUGGUAUGAGUACACAUGGGACUCUCAGGGAAUGCUGGAUGAAUCAGAAUUACUGGAGCAGAUGCCACUCAAAAUGCAAUUAGCCAUUGCAAUUGAUGUGAACUUUGCCAUCGUCAAUAAAGUUGACUUAUUCAAAGGUUGCGAUACCCAGAUGAUAUAUGACAUGCUGCUAAGGUUGAAAUCCAUUGUGUAUUUACCUGGCGACUUCGUCUGCAAAAAGGGAGAGAUCGGCAGAGAGAUGUACAUCAUCAAACAGGGUGAAGUUCAAGUCCUUGGAGGCCCUGACGGUACAAAAGUCCUUGUUACACUAAGAGCAGGAGCUGUAUUUGGGGAGAUCAGCCUAUUAGCUGCAGGUGGAGGAAACCGAAGGACUGCCAACGUGGUGGCUCAUGGGUUUGCCAACCUUUUCAUUCUAGACAAGAAAACACUCAAUGAAAUCUUGGUGCACUAUCCUGACUCAGAAAAACUUCUUAUGAAGAAAGCAAAGGUGCUCCUGAAGGAGAAGGGGAAGCCUGCUCCAGGACCACCACCGCAACAGCCACGAGGCUUGGCCGGUCUCUUUGGGCAGAAAAAAGAAACUCCAAAACUGUUUAAAGCGAUGCUUGGAGCAAGAGGAAAGGAUGGCCUUAGUAAGCUGAUGCAGAUGAAUACAGCACAAGGUGUUGAGGAACCCAAAGCUGAAGCAGAGAGCAAGCCCAAAGAAGAGGAGAAGAAACGCGCAGAACCCGAGGCCUCAUCUGCACCCCCUGCACAGAAGGCAAAGCCGAAUGCGGACGCCAAGCCUAAACCUGCAGCCAUGCACAGAGGCACCAGCAAGGAGUCCCUGGUCAUUAGUAUGUCUCCAUCCCCCAGAGCAGGAGAAGGAGAGAUCCUUACAGUUGAAGCUGUAGAGAAAAAAAAAUAA